UUGUGCCGCAUUCAGACGCCUUUCACUUUGAAACCUGAGUGAGUUGCUUUGGUAUCUUUUGAAAACGUUCUAAAAAGGCGACGAGCAAAUUGCAAGAAACUAGUAAAAAUGUGACCAGAAAAGUAUCCUGAAAAAGAAAAACAGGGGAAAUUAUCAGAAAAUUAUCUUAAAACUAGGAAAAAAUGCCCAGAAAAAUGUAUUUAUAAUUAUAAUAAUUGUAUUUUUUUAAAUUACAUUACAGAAAUUUUCCUGCAACUUUUACUAAUUUCUUGCUUUUUUGGGUCAUUUCUUGUAAAGUUGCUCCAUGACGCACACAGUUCUGAGUUGCACGUGGUCAGUAAAUCAGCAUCAGUGCAGGCUCCUGUCGGAGGGCUUUAUAUCUCACUUCCACUCCUCACUAGUUGGUUUGGGACGGCACUCAAUGUGGUGGACACUUGGCAUGAGCGAUAUGGAGUGGACGCGUGUAGGGAGAGAGUGUAUGGGAUGGUUUGGGAAAGGCCCUCUGACCUGACUGCUGGUUUUUGUCACUGCCCGCGAUCUCAUUCACUUUCUAGGCGAGGUGUAGUUCAACUCAAACUAACCAAAUCUAGAUUGAUAAGAGGCACCACAGGUAAGAGUAAAAAUAAGUAUUUUUUAUUUUGGGGUGAACUGUCCCUUUAAUAUCACACCUGAUGGUUAAUUGACUCCCUCCACUCCUGGGCAGGUAAUUUGCCAAAGAUGAGCUUCACCUGCUUUGACUCUGCUCAGAGCUCCUUCAGACGUCUGACAGACAGUCUGAGAGUUUCAGUGUUACCUGUUGUGGUUACCGUCUUGUGGACAGGAUGUCUCGUACGCCGCCUACUUACGCUGAUUUCUUCUACCAGCCUCUGACAGAAGAUGUGGAGGAACUCCUGGCUCGUUUCCAGCAGACCGACUCCAUCAGGUACGAGGUGUUUUCAGCCAUCUGGAGGGAGAUGGGCUUCUCUGAUGUCUUCACAGGGAUCAUCAGUAUAGCUGAGAUGAAGAGAUUCUGCAGAUUGGCGCUGGCCACAGCCGUGAAGUACUUCCUGCCUCCGUACAGCUAUCAGAUCCGAGUUGGAGGCCUGUAUCUGAUGUUUGGUUUGUACCACACACAACUUGCUGCUCCGCCUGUGAAGAUUAGACUCGCUCUGAAGGACUGGGCUGUGAUUCAUAAGUUUGUGAAGGACUCUGUGGAGUCUGGGCAUCAGGACAUCGUUUACAUCUAUGAAAAGCUUGUUGCAACCAAAGCCAUACACUACACCGCCAUGCCACAUUUCCUCAGCUUCCACAAGCACAGGAAGCCGAAGAAGCAGCCUGUGUGUGCAGAGUUUCUCGGGAGGUGCACGGCCAUCCAGGAGCUCCUCUCAGCAGACAUCCUGGAGGAGCUGACCAACAUCCAGAGCCAGUAUGAGAAGAUGAAGGAGGCCACGACGGAGGUCAGCUGCAAGGCCACCAUGACCCAUCGAGGGUUUGCCGCCAGCCUGAAAGACUCCAUGACUGAGUUCAUCAUGUGGCAGCAGAAGACUUUCAAAAAGGCUAAAAAACACAAGAAGUCUCGUGAUGAUGAUGGUGAGGAGGAGGAAGAAGAUGAAGAGGAAGAGGAGGAGGAAGAGGAGGAGAAGCCAACUGAGUCCAGCCGCAGCAGAGCCAGACUCCUGUCCUCCAUCAAGCAGAAGAGCUACAGCAACUUCCAGGAGCCGUCCAAGUCCAGGAGGCACCGACAGGCAGAGACAGUGGAGUCCUGCAGCUCGGGGGCCGAGCAGGUCCAGGAGACUGCAGGCCGGCGGCGAAAGAAGGUUCCCUCUCUGCGGGCUCGGACCUGGAUGAGUCUUGGGGUGCCGCAGGAGGAGAGCCAGCUCCAGGCCUGGCUCCUGAGUGCUCCUGAGCAGCAGGAGAGGGUCCCAGUGAAGAGGACCAACCAGACUGCACCUUUCAAACCAUGAUGGGAGGACGGAGGACUUUUAGCUAAAGAAGUUCUGUCCUGUUGUUUUUGUUCUUCAGGUUAAAGUUUAUUCAUUUAGAAAAACAUUUGGAUUUUAGUUGAUUUUCAUUCAUUAUGCACCUGUUGUU